AAAAGUCAACCAAUAUAUUGUGGUCAUUUUUGAAUUUCAUUAAACUAGGGGGGUACUAUAAAUAGUCAUAUGCAGCAAAACGAAGUCAUUUCAAUUUUCUGUUUUCUUUUCCAAAUAAAAAUAACAAUAGCCAAACAACAAAGCAAUCGAGUAAAAGCAAAGCAAUUUCCAGAAUAAGAAUCUAUAUUUAUUCUUCAUUCAUUUUCAAGUGGUGUUAGUAAUUUUAUCACCACAAUUUGUUACACACACAUAUAUAUAUAUAUAUAAAAUUCUCUCUUUUUUUUUUUCUUUUAAUUUUUCGAUAUUUUGUUCAGAAAAAAUCGCCAUGGCCGAAGAAUUUCAGCUAGGUAGAGGAAAUUGGUGGGAAUCUACAUCUACAUCUACAAUAUCAUCAUCUUCUAGGAAUAAUAAGGUUAUCGAUAGUGGAAAUUCAUCAUGUACUACUCUGUCAGCAUCGAGUACUACUGUACUAAGUAGCAUGGGUAGCAACUUUGUUAAUUGGCCAUCAGAAAUUCAUGAGGAUAUUAAAGUAAGAUCAGAUAAUAGUUCUAUGGUUUUUCUUGGCACGGAUUCCCAGAAGCGUUACGCCUCUGAAUCAUCGGUUGCUGGUGGAGGUGGAGGCGGAGGCGUAGGACAAGGCGUUUUAUCUGUUGAUGAUCCUAAUUUACAAAUGAUGGGGUUAGGCUUAUCUUCUCAAGGACUUGAUUGGAAUCAACCUUUCUUGAGUGAAAAGUCUGGGAGUGAUUUUCGUUCUAUGCUUCAAGAAGGGUUGAGUUCAAAUGUAAAUUAUCAACAAGAAGGAUCAUGUCAUGAACAAGAUCAAAAUAAUUGGAGUACACAAAAAUUAUAUCAUGGGAAUUCUGAUGAUUCUUCAAUAAAUGAUUAUAAUAAACAAAUAUUGAACAGGGGUAUUUCAUUAGAUCAUCAAUCAUCAACAGUAUUUAGUGGUCAAAAUAAUCUUGAAAAUUCAGUACCUUAUGGAAGUCCAUCAAAUAUGUUACAAGGGUUAUUAAUUUCUGAUCAUAAUAGUCAGCAACAAGAAGCAAAUAAUUUUACUAGUGUUAGUAGAUCUUUAUAUUAUAAUCCUUCCUAUAAUAAUCCAUCAAAUUGUGAUAUGAAUAUUCCUCCUACAUCAAUUGAUGUAAUGUCUACUUCUUCAUCUUCUUCUUCUUGGUCUAAAUUUCCUCAAUUUCUCCGAACAUUGGAUCCUCCAAAAGUACAGCAGUGGCCACUACAACCGCCUCUGCUGCCUCAUGGUGGCACUCCGUUUUGGAGUGCCACAUCAGUAGCUUCCGCGGAUGACGUCCAUUCGGGUUUUGUCCCUUCUUUGCAUCCGCAGCUCCCCACCAACCCAACAGUUGAUGAGAAGCCAAAGCAUACAGGUGAAGUUAGGAGUACAAGCAUAAUAACAAAGAAAAAUAGCAGUGAAACAUCAAAUAAGAGACCAAGGAAUGAAGCAUCAUCUCCAUCGCCAGCUUUUAAGGUGAGGAAAGAGAAAAUGGGAGACAGAAUCACUGCACUUCAGCAAUUAGUCUCACCUUUUGGAAAGACUGAUACAGCUUCUGUGCUCUCGGAAGCAAUCGAGUACAUAAAGUUCCUGCAUGAGCAAGUUAAUGUUUUAAGCACCCCAUACAUGAAAAGUGGAGCUUCCAUGCAGCAUCAGCAGAGUGGUGAUAAAUCGAAUGUAAAUCAAGAAGAACGAAAACAAGAUCUUAGAAGUCGAGGAUUAUGUUUGGUCCCAGUUUCUAGCACCUUUCCAGUAACUCAUGAAACAACAGUUGAUUUUUGGACACCAACAUUUGGAGGAACAUUCAGAUAAUUCAACAGGUCAAUACACAACAACCCAACAACACACAUGUUACAUGAAUUGUUAGCCACUAGCUAGAGUCAUCCAACCCCCCUAGACGAAUUUAAGUUAUAUACACCAUCAGUAUAUAUAUUUUUUAUACCAUCGGGUCAUCAAUCCCUUUACGUGUUGUAGCAAGUAAUCUGUCUUGUUUUCUCAAAUUUACAAACGUCGUGUUGUAAGGAAGCUUGCAUGUAGACCUGAUAGUGUAAAUGAUUCUUUGUAUAUAUUGAAGGUGUAUAUAACUUAAAUUUUCUUAUAUGUCAAACCCUAGAAAAGUGGGUGAUGAAAAGAAAAUGAAAAAAGAGAAAAAAGAAUUCUUUUUUGGAAGGGCCACAUAUCUUAUAAUAGUACAAGUAUAUUGUUCCAGGUCCAAAGCAGGCUGAUAAUGAUGGAAAAAGAAAAAGAAAGAAAAAAGAAUGAUAAAAGAGAAGGAAAAAGAAAUUAAGGCUUUAAAAGAAAUGGACCAGCUCAGGCAAAAUGAUGCAACUUUGGCCAAUAUUUUUGGACCACUAUUUAUAUUAUGUAUCUAAUGUCUUUAUGUGACUAGCUAGGGGUAUAAAAAAAAUAUACUUAAUUUUUUUCUAA